GCGGACGCGACAACACCGAAUAAUUCUCAAGUAUCCCCCAAAAAACUGCUUAUUAUAAGGCUUUCAGACACUACUGCACCGUGACGCUACUACGGCGACAAGCACGGAUGCAUCCUCGUAAACACACACACAGACAGAAAGUGUCGCUGAAUAUGAUGCAGUUUACAUUCUCUUACAUGUAACGGAGAUAAUUCGGUCACUUAAAUGAGCUGUAGGUGGAUUUUGUGAGGUUUUACAUGAGCGCGAUAACAAGGCGAGCGCUGUUCUGCAGGAAGUCAAGCUACAUCUGCGAAGUGCGCAUGCGCCCCAGCUCUCCUCAAUCUAGGGCUGCGUUUCUCUCCAUAAAACGAUGAACAAACUCCUGGAUAGCUGUCGUAUGAAAGCAGCCGCCCUCCGUAACCCACUAGUGUGAUGGCGACCACCGAAGAGGUCACGGUGUCCAUGGCGGAGGUGUUGAUGGUGAAGGCCGAGGGCGAAGGAGACCCCGAUGACCCGAAUAAGACUCAGGUCAUCCUCCAGCUCCAGCCAAUCACCACUGGGGAGGAGUCUGCUGAAACCGAUGCAGCCGUCAUGACCGUUGAAGCACACGCAGAACAAGCUGACGGAGACAACGUUGAAAUUGUCUGUCCCAUAACUUGUGGUGACAGUAAAGCCGUGUUGCUGGUGAAGAAGUUUGUAUGCCCGGGAAUCAACGUGAAAUGUGUGAAGUAUGAAGACCAGCUGAUCAGCCCGAAGCAGUUUGUGCACAUUUCUGGAAAAGCCACCCUGAAAGACUGGAAGAGAGCCAUCAGGAUGGGCGGAGUCAUGCUCAGAAAAAUGAUGGAUUCUGGUCAGCUCGACUUCUACCAGCACAGCACACUGUGCACCAACACCUGCCGCAGCACCAAGUUCGACCUUCUCAUCAACAACACGCGCUUCCCUCCUGACGGCUCUGGACUGACCACGCCCACGUCCUCUCAAACUCAGGUGGUCCUGGGCAACGGCGGAACAGUGGGCGAGGACAGAGCAGAGGUUCUCAGUGGGAAGAUGGACUGGAUCUCGAGUUCGCUGGAGGCUGCAGAGAAGAAGGAAUCCAACGAGAUCUCAGAGGACACGCUGAACUUCUGGAAGGGCAUCGCUGACGUGGGCUUGCUGGGCGAAGUGGUGACCAACAUCAGCACGGAGCUGGUGGAGCUGCUGAACGGCGUGCAGCAGCGCAGGGAGACCGCUGCCCUCCAGGACACGGAUUCCUGUCUGGUGGAGGUGGCGGUGCUCAGUAACCUCGCCCAAGUGUUCGGCCUGCUCGACUCGGUCAAGAACACGCUGGACAAGAGGCGGCACCAGACGGAUCCCGGCCAGGAGGAAGUCCUCAGCACGCUGACCAACCUGGAGGUGCAGUUGGAAGAGCAGAGGAAGCAGCAGCAGGUGCGCUCUCUCUUCUCCUGCCCGCAGCCCGCCAAAAACAAAACUCCCACCAAGCGCCCGACCAAGCGCCCUCGCCUCCAGAGGCCCGCCUCCACCACGACCCUGCUGACCUCGCCCGUCAACCAGCAGGCCGCCAUGCAGCCCCAGCAGUACACCGUGCUCUCCCCCAUCUCGCUGUCUUCCGUGGGUCAGCCGUUCACCGUGGCGGGCCUGCCCCUCGGCGCCCUGGGCCAGUCGUCCGGCACGGUCACCCUGCUCCCCGCCGGCUCGCAGCUCUUCACCCGCUACGUGGUGACCGGAGACGGGAAGGCGGACACCAUCACCUUGCACCCGUCCUCGGGCCUCACGCUGGUGGGCACCGCCGUGCAGGACUCCGGCCGGCUGGGCGCGGCGAUCGGCCCCGUGGAGCUGCUGCACCUGAGCCGGCAGGCCGGCGGCUCGGAGACGGCGCCCUCGGAAGGGCGGGCGGCGGAGGCGAUGCAGGAGGCGGAGGCCGGCCAGGAGCACACGGUCAUCGAGAUCAACCCGGCGCCGAUGGAGUCGGGCGGCGACGGGGACGCCGUGAUGGUCCUGAGCGAGACGGAGGUGACGGUGGGCGCGGGGGGGGAGGAGACGCAGUGCCACGUGCAGGAGGCGCAGACUGAGGGGAUUCAGGGGCUGCGCAGCUGGACGCCAGUGGACGGUUGACUGGCGUCCAGAUCGUGGUGAUAGAAGAAAACACUCAGGAGGGAAACCAGGUCCAAUGAGCCGCGCCUCCCGUUUUACCCAGCAGCAACUCGGACUGACUUGUGAAUCUGUAAAUACACCGAAUUUCCAAAUCCACAAUUUGCCUUGGUCUAAGACCAAGCUCUAGGGGUAGCCAAAUUUUCCUUUUUUUGGUGUGUGUGUAUGCGUGCGUGCGCGUGUGUGUGUGUGUGUGUGUACAUGCUCCUCAAUUUUUUUUAUUGAAACAAAGAGGCAUCACAACAAAGAACAUUCUGUAUGCUUCUGUUUGACCUGUACUUAAAGUAUGAUUCUGGUUUCUUACAACUCUGGUCAAACAUUUGUAAUUUUGGCCGUAACAAUAACGUCGCGUCGAGAGGUCGAGCGGUCGCACGAGAAUCGGACACGUUUUCAACAAAUCUCCAGGCGAGCCAAACCGUAUUUGAUGUGUGGGUGUUGUGCUCAUGUUACCGUUUGGACCGUUUAGUCUCGUGGCUCGUUUACCAACGAGCUAACAUCAAAUAAACACACACAAAAACAAUCACCGAGAGCUUAGAGAGGUGGACAGUUUUCUUUAACCUUAACUUUUCGUCUCACGUUUGUUGUCGAUAUACAAAAACAACAACAAUCUCGAGCCCACCACACAUUGCUAGCCCCCUGGUUAAGUCACUGACAUCAAGCGUAAACAAUGGCCACAACAAGAUAACAAAUGAGUUGUAAUGAUCUGGAUUUAUCCUCCGAGCCUCCACGAACAACCCCGAAGACGAGAGGAGGCCACAUCCUGGGCUUCUGACGGCGUCCUGUGACCUGUGAGGGCGACGAUGCAACGAUCCCCGCUCUCGAAACGUUUCAUUUAGAAUUACCUCCACAUCAUGUGUUUAACUUUUUAUUUUAUUUUUUAUGUGCAUUGUUAAACGGUAACAGACUGAACUCCUCAUUGGAAUGGCAUCGCUUCUGCACUUAUUCUCCCAGUGGUUCCAUACUGUCUGAUUUCAUUCACAAACUCCAUAUAAUAUGGAUUAUUUUAUCGGAUUAUUUUUUGUUUUAUUGUUAUCAUCGAUGGCUUUAUCUCAGUAUGAUAGAUGGUGUGAGCUGCUGGGAUGAUUGUUUAAGUCAAUAUAUAAAAACAUAUAUAUAUAUAUAUAUAUACUAAAUGUUAAACUUGGUAUGCCUGUAUUUUACACUUGUAAAGUCGUGUCAUAUUUAUUAGUUUCCCGACUGAAGACGUACAAGCCUCUCUGUUUAAGGUGCAAACAUGGAUUAAUUUAUCAACAAGACUUCUCCAUUCUGAUCAUUUAAUUUAACAAAUGAGGGUAUUUGCAAACUGACUUUGUAAUGUGUUUUAAUACCAGAUUAAAACAGAAAAAAAAAAGAAAAAA